CAGCAGGUGCUGAGUGGGGGACUCUUGUUGUUCCAGAUGCCGGUGACCUUCGAGGAGGUGGCUGUGUAUUUCGCCCAGGGGCAGGGGGCUCUGCUGGACCCCACUCAGAGAGCCCUCUACAGGGAUGUCAUGCAAGAGAACUAUGAGACGGUGACCUCGCUGGGAUUUUCCUUUCCCAAACCUGAGCUGAUCUCCUACCUGGAAAGAGGGGAAGAGCCGUGGGUCCCAGAUCUCCAGGUCUGCGAGGAAAGAGAGUGCCUGAGAGGUGAUUGCACAGCAGGUGCUGAGCGAGGGAGUGAGAACGAGAAGGGGAAUCAUCAUCAGCAAGUUGCUGGGAAAGUGGAACCACAGGGGACCUUUGUAGAAAGAGCUGAAGGGAAUUUUUCCCAGUGCUGGGAACAGGGAGAAACUUGUGGAAAUUGGCACAGGUCAAAGAAGCUGCAGGGAAACCACCCAAAAAAGAAAGUGGAUGAAUCAAAUUCCAAGGAAGACAAAUGCUGUGAAUGCCUUGGCUUGGGGAAAGGAUUCAUUCUGAGAUCACAUCAGACAAUCCAUACCGGAGAGAAACCCCUUCAGUGCUUGGACGGUGGACAAAACUUCAAUAAUCGCUCAGACCUGAAUAACCAUGGGAGAAGCCACACAGGAAAGAAACCCUAUCAAUGCCUCGAGUGUGGGAAAUGUUUCAUUUGGAAGUCAGAACUAAUUAGACAUCAGCUAAGCCACACAGGAGAGAGACCACAUAAGUGCUUCGAGUGUGGGAAAAGUUUUAUACAGAGGUCUGACCUUCUUAAACAUCAGGCAAUCCACACAGGAGAUAGACCCCAUAAAUGUUUCAACUGUGGGAGAAGUUUCAUACAGAGGUCAGACCUUUUUAAUCAUCAGGCAAUCCACACAGGAGAGAGACCCCAUAAGUGCUUAGACUGUGGGAAAAGUUUCAUACGGAGGUCAGAUCUUGUUAAACAUCAGGCAUUACACACAGAAGAGGAACCCCAUAAGUGGUUAGUCUGUGGAAAAAGUUUCCUAUGGCGGUCAGACCUUAUUCAGCAUCAGAGAAUCCACACAGGAGAGAGACCUCACAAGUGCUUGGACUGUGGGAAAAGUUUCAAACGGAGGUCAGUUCUUUUUAAACAUCAGGCAUUACACAGAGGAGAGGGACCCCAUAAAUGUUUAGUCUGUGGAAAAUGUUUUGUAUGGAGGUCAGACCUUGUUAAACAUCAGGUAUUCCACACAGGAGAGAGACCCCAUAAAUGUUUAGAUUGUGAGAAAAGAUUCAUACGGAGGUCAGACCUUGUUAAACAUCAGGCAAUUCACACAGGAGAGAGACCCCAGAAGUGCAUGGAAUGUGGAAAAAGUUUCAUAUGGAGGUCAGACCUUCUUAUACAUCAGCGAAUCCACACAGGAAAUAGACCACACAAGUGUUUAUUCUGUGGGAAAGGUUUCAUAUGGAGGUCACGCCUUCUUAAACAUCAGAGAAUCCACACAAGAGAGAGAGCUCUUACAAGUGCUUAG